GAUCAGUUGGCGAGGUCCUUGGGCACCCACCUCGAGAACGGCAUGGCCACAAGCGCUGUGGUGAAGAGGCUCGAGGAGUUCGGACUGAACAAGCUGAAGUCGACCCCGAAGCCGACCCUGCUGAUGUUGUUCAUCGUGCAGCUCACGAACCUCAUCAUCACGCUGCUCAUUAUUGCGGCCUGCGCCUCGCUCGUCGUGAACGGGACCAGCGACAAGAACGACGACCCGCUCUCCUACAUCGAAGGCAUCGCCAUCUUCAUCAUCGUCAUCCUGAACGCCGGCAUCGCCGCCUUCACCGAGAACUCCGCGAACGACGCCCUGGAGAAGCUGUCGAAGAUGACGGCGCCAGAAGCUAACAUUGUUAGGGACGGGAAGAUGAGCCCAAUCAAGAGCGACCAGAUUGUUCCAGGCUUGGGUUGCGCGCUUGCCACGGGGGCAGACAGAAUAUGA